AUGAAAAUCGACGGUAAUAAAUUACCGGAUUAUUACGACAUAAUAAAAAAACCUUUGGAUAUAAAGAAAAUAUUUAACAGGAUAGAAGAUGGAAAAUAUUCGGAUUUUGACGAUUUGGAAAAGGAUUUUACUCAAAUGUGUAAAAAUGCUCAAAUAUACAACGAAGAACCUUCUCUCAUACACGAAGAUUCGAUCGUCCUUCAAUCCGUGUUUACGAACGCGAGACAAAGAUUGGAACAGGAUGAGGAUAAAGACGGAGGAGACGAGGAUGGAAAUUCCGAAUCGGAAUCCGUUAGAAUGAAAAUAAAUAUAAAAAGUUGA